CCUCCUCUUUGUGCUGAGGAAGAUUGGCCCUGGGCUAACAUCUGUGCCCAUCUUCCUCUACUUUAUAUGUGGGACGCCGCCACAGCAUGAUAGCACUCGAAAGGAGUGAAUGAAAUGUGCGGCUUGGGGUGUCAUUUCUGAAGGGAGGAGUCGUUCUCUUGGAGAGGAGUCCUCAAUGAGCCUGGCCGAGGCCCGGGAUCUGUGUGAAGUGGACUAAGGAUUUAGUAGGAUGUCAACUGAGACAGAACUUCAAGUAGCUGUGAAAACCAGCGCCAAGAAAGACUCCAGAAAGAAAGGUCAGGAUCGCAGCGAAGCCACUUUGAUAAAGAGGUUUAAAGGUGAAGGGGUCCGGUACAAGGCCAAACUGAUCGGGAUUGAUGAGGUUUCCGCAGCUCGGGGAGACAAGUUAUGUCAAGAUUCCAUGAUGAAACUCAAGGGCGUUGUUGCUGGCGCUCGUUCCAAAGGAGAACACAAACAGAAAAUCUUUUUAACCAUCUCCUUUGGAGGGAUCAAAAUCUUUGAUGAGAAGACAGGGGCCCUUCAGCAUCAUCAUGCUGUUCACGAAAUUUCCUACAUUGCAAAGGACAUCACGGAUCACCGGGCCUUUGGAUACGUUUGUGGGAAGGAAGGGAAUCACAGAUUUGUGGCCAUAAAAACAGCCCAGGCGGCUGAACCUGUUAUUCUGGACUUGAGAGAUCUCUUUCAACUUAUUUAUGAAUUAAAGCAAAGAGAAGAAUUGGAAAAAAAGGCACAAAAGGAUAAGCAGUGUGAACAAGCUGUGUAUCAGGUUCCCACCAGCCAAAAGAAGGAAGGUGUUUAUGAUGUGCCAAAAAGUCAACCUGUAAGUAACGGCCGUACGUUUGAGGAUUUUGAAGAACGGUUUGCUGCGGCCACUCCGAACAGAAACCUGCACAUGGACUUGGAUGAGAUUUUUGAGGCAACGAAGGCUGUGACCCAAUUAGAACUUUUCGGGGACAUGUCCACCCCUCCUGAUAUAACCUCUCCCCCCACUCCUGCAACUCCAGGUGAUGCCUUUAUCCCGUCUUCAUCCCAGACACUUCCGGCGAGUGCAGACAUGUUUGGUUCUGUACCUUUCGGCACUGCUGCUGUACCCUCAGGUUAUGUUGCAAUGGGCGCCGUCCUCCCAUCCUUCUGGGGCCAGCAGCCCCUCGUCCAACAGCAGAUCGCCAUGGGUGCUCAGCCACCAGUCGCUCAGGUGAUGCCGGGGGCUCAGCCCAUCGCUUGGGGCCAGCCGGGUCUCUUCCCUGCCACUCAGCAGCCCUGGCCAACUGUGGCCGGGCAGUUUCCGCCAGCCGCCUUCAUGCCCACACAAACUGUUAUGCCUUUGCCAGCCGCCAUGUUCCAAGGUCCCCUCACCCCCCUUGCAACCGUCCCAGCCACGGGUGACUCCGCCAGGUCAAGCCCACAGACCGACAAGCCCAGGCAGAAAAUGGGAAAAGAAAUGUUUAAGGAUUUCCAGAUGGCCCAGCCUCCACCCGUGCCCUCCCGCAAACCCGACCAACCCUCCCUCACCUGUACCUCAGAGGCCUUCUCCAGUUACUUCAGCAAAGUCGGGGUGGCACAGGAUGCAGACGACUGUGAUGACUUUGACAUCUCCCAGUUGAAUUUGACCCCUGUGACUUCUACCACACCAUCGACCAACUCACCUCCAACCCCAGCCCCUAGACAGAGCUCUCCAUCCAAAUCCUCUGCAUCCCACGCCAGCGAUCCCACCACAGAUGACAUCUUCGAGGAGGGCUUUGAGAGUCCCAGCAAAAGCGAGGAGCAGGAGGCUCCUGAUGGGUCACAGGCCUCAUCCAACAGUGAUCCAUUUGGGGAGCCCAGUGGGGAGCCCAGUGGUGAUAACAUAAGUCCACAGGCCGGUAGCUAGAUAGCGCAGGUCUGGGAGCUGGAGCCUCUCUAUGCGCAGAUCAACAGACCUAAGAAAUAGCAUCGAUGCAGGCUCGUGGCGGGUGCUUCAAGACUGCCAUGGAAAUCAGUAUCGAGACAGGCUCUCUUGUAUUCUUUCACCUCACCUCAUCCCAUGAAGAAAUUCAUGAUUGCCCAAUGGAACUCGUUUGGAAGAGGGAACUAAGAGUUUUUGGCAACCAAUGGCAGAUAUCUAUGGCAGCACAAAAAAAAAUCCACAAAAGUAUAAAAAGUCAUACCCAACAUUAAAUCACAAAUCAAGCAAAUGCUUACCUGACAAAUAUUCUGAGCUCUCUUAGCAUGGGUUUAAGAUGACCCAGUACACGAAAUCAUAAUUCUCUCUUUAUUUCUCUACCUGUUGACCAUUGUAGAGACAUCAAAUUUGGAGUGACAGGCCUCAGAGAGUUACAACAGGGUUGGCACUGACUUCUUUUAGGC